AGCAGGAAUCGCUGCAGCGGCGGAGCUGAAGCAGCCGGAGGAGAGAACGGAAGAGGAGAAAAUGGCACUGUUGGGCAGACCGCGCCUAGGUGAAGUGUUCCGAGCGCAAAUCAGGAUUAAAGAAUCCAAGGAGUUCAAGAACACUGUGGAUAAGCUUGUCCAGCGAGCAAAUGCCUCCAUAAUACUCGGCACAAGUUCUUGGAAAGAACAAUUCAUGGAAGCCCUGACCGUCAGUAGGGGUGAUGAAGAUGACGCUGAUGGUGAAAACGGUCAACCUUCCUCACCAUCUGUAAUGGAUUAUCUUAUGCACUCCCUUACUAUCUUCUGGAAGGUUCUUUUUGCCUUCGUUCCACCAACAGAUAUCGCCGGCGGUUAUUUGUGCUUUAUCGUCAGCAUUCUGGGGAUUGGCGUGGUCACGGCGAUAAUCGGCGACGUUGCCUCGUAUUUUGGUUGUACUUUGGGCAUCAAGGAUUCUGUCACCGCGAUUGUUUUCGUCGCCCUCGGUACCAGCAUUCCCGACACGUUCGCGAGCAAAGUGGCCGCUUGCCAGGACAAGUAUGCCGAUGCGAGUGUGGGCAAUGUGACUGGAAGUAACGCGGUAAACGUCUUCCUGGGAAUCGGCGUCGCGUGGAGUAUCGCCGCCAUUUACCGUGCUUGCCACAGCGAACCGUUCCUUGUCGAACCUGGCAAUUUGGCCUUCUCCGUCACCUUGUUCUGUAGCGAGGCUUGCUUCGUGAUCGUGGUACUGUUGGUGAGACGAGUCAAGUCGAUCGGCGGUGAAUUGGGCGGACCUUUUAUACCGAAGCUCAUCACGUCCGUGUUCCUGUUCUCCCUUUGGCUGCUCUACCUCAUCAUGUCCACCCUUGAGGCCUACGGCGUGAUCCAGGGUUUUUAAACCAAGGCCAAUGCGACGCCAUGUCGGCCUAUCCACUGCGUAUAUCUUAGCUCUGGCGUCCGCCAAGGCACGUGCUCAACGAAACUAUUAACCGAACACAGAAGCGGUCUCGGGACAAUACGAUUUCGCGAAGAACAAACUUUAAUUGUGCCGGAAACUCACAUAAGUUCAUCCUCUGAGACGAUUAACAACGAACAUGUCGCGUGACGUAUUAAAUGGAUAUGUGUAUGUAUAUGUAUGCAUGUAUAGGUAUCUGAGAACAUGGGAGUGCUUGAGAGAGAGAGAGAGAGAGAGAGAGUGUGUGUGUCCAGUAAAGAGAAGAAAGCAAAUUGAUGGAGAGAAGGACAAGCGACGAAGGGAAAAAAAAAACUAACGAUAUAAGAAGAGAAGUGCGCGUGAGAGAAAAAAAUGUGAGCUUGCCUUAAAAUAAUUCAAAGGAAGAAAGAAGUAAUAAGUGCGUUCUAGUCAUGUCAUAUUCCCCGCAAAAGAAAACAUUUGGCUGUUAUAAAAAAAAA